AUGCGCAUCACGGCUAACCCAACCGCAGCUGUUCAGUCCUCUUCCGUACGCUCAUCUUCUCUUUCCUCCUCCUCUACCACCCUACUUCAACAAUUGUCCCAGUCCACUGGUUUCGCAACUUUCCUCCAAUCUCUUAACAGCAACCCGUCCACUCGCUAUGAUAAUAUCGAUAAUAUAUUGAAUAAUCGGUUAUUACAGCACUCAGGUAGUGUCAAUAGAAUGAAUAGUAGAAGUGGGUCUACUAGUCUACAUAGACGAAAUUCCAUACGUGAUCACAGAGGAGCAAGGAGGAAACUCAGAUCUCUUAUGGGUACAUCAG